UCCGCAACUAAGAAACGAGAUCUGAUCUCUCUCUCGCUCUGCCUGCCUCUUUCAUUGAGAUCGAUUGAUCGAUCUACUUCCCAUCAUCAUCAUUAUUCUUAUUUAUUCAAUACUUCAUUUUCCCAGCCAACAUUAACAGAUCUGUCUCUCCCCUUCCGUCUUUACACUGUCAGAAGGGAUGGAGAAAUCAUGCUCUUUACUUGUUCACUUUGACAAAGGAACACCUGCACUUGCCAACGAGAUUAAGGAGGCGCUCGAAGGGAAUGAUGAUGCUGCAAAGAUUGAUGCCAUGAAAAAAGCGGUUAUGCUUUUGUUGAAUGGGGAAACGUUGCCACAACUUUUUAUCACCAUUGUUCGCUAUGUUCUUCCAUCAGAGGAUCAUACUGUUCAAAAACUGCUGCUUCUGUACCUAGAAAUUAUCGACAAAACAGAUUCCAAAGGGAAGAUCUUACCUGAAAUGAUCUUAAUCUGCCAAAAUUUGCGAAACAAUCUUCAGCAUCCCAAUGAGUACAUUCGUGGGGUGACUUUAAGGUUUCUUUGCCGUCUUAAUGAGACGGAGAUUAUUGAGCCCUUGAUACCAUCUAUACUGUCAAAUCUGGAGCACCGACAUCCAUACAUCAGGAGGAAUGCAAUACUUGCUGUGAUGGCCAUCUACAAGCUUCCACAAGGAGAACAACUUCUGAUUGAUGCUCCAGAGAUGAUCGAGAAGGUCCUCUCGACAGAGGCAGACCAAUCUGCCAAAAGAAAUGCAUUUCUCAUGCUUUUCGCAUGUGCACAGGAACGUGCAGUUAAUUAUCUUUUGACCCAUGUUGAUAGGGUGGGAGAAUGGGGAGAAUUGCUGCAGAUGGUUGUUUUGGAGUUGAUUCGCAAAGUUUGCAGAACAAACACAGGAGAGAAAGGGAAAUACAUGAAGAUCAUUAUAUCCCUAUUGAAUGUUCCUUCUGCUGCGGUUAUUUAUGAAUGUGCUGGUACCCUCGUGUCAUUGUCCUCGGCUCCCACGGCAAUUAGAGCUGCAGCCAAUACUUAUUGCCAGCUCCUCCUCUCCCAGAGUGACAACAAUGUGAAGCUUAUUGUUCUUGAUCGCUUGAAUGAACUCAAGGCUUCUCACAGGGAAAUCAUGGUUGAUAUGAUAAUGGAUGUGCUCAGGGCACUCUCAAGCCCGAAUCAUGAUAUUAGGAGGAAAACACUUGAUAUUGUUCUUGAUUUGAUCACUCCUCGAAACAUCAAUGAAGUUGUUCUUACAUUGAAAAAGGAAGUGGUAAAAACUCAAAGUGGGGAACUAGAAAAAGAUGGGGAGUACCGCCAAAUGCUCAUCCAAGCCAUUCAUUCUUGUGCUAUCAAGUUCCCUGAAGUGGCAAGCACAGUCGUGCAUCUAUUGAUGGAUUUCUUGGGUGAUAGUAAUGUUGCAUCAGCCAUGGAUGUAGCAGUUUUUGUGAGAGAAAUUAUUGAAACAAAUCCGAAGUUGAGGGUUUCAAUCAUAACAAGGCUAUUGGACACCUUUUACCAAAUACGGUCUGCACGAGUUUGCUCUUGUGCUCUCUGGAUCAUUAGUGAGUAUUGCCUUGCACUCUCGGAAGUUGAGAGUGGAAUUGCAACCAUAAAACAAUGCCUUGGAGACUUGCCAUUUUAUAUGGCUUCAGAAGAGGGGGAUGGUAUUGAAUCUUCAAAGAAGUCUCAGCAAGUAAACUCAAUAACUGUUUCAUCUAAGAGGCCAGCUAUCCUCGCUGAUGGCACUUAUGCAACUCAAAGUGCAGCUUCUGAAACUGCUUUUUCCCCUCCUACGGUGGUCCAGGGGACAUUAACUUCAGGAAAUUCAGGAAAUUUGAGAUCUCUUCUUCUAACCGGUGAUUUCUUCCUUGGGGCAGUUGUAGCUUGCACAAUGACAAAACUUGUUUUGCGUUUGGUAGAGGUUCAGUCAUUGAAAAGUGAAGUUAAUAAAGCAUCAACUCAAGUGUUACUUAUUAUUGUCUCGAUGUUACAACUUGGGCAGUCUUCAUUUCUUCCACACCCGAUUGACAAUGACUCUUAUGAUAGAAUUGUUCUCUGCAUAAGACUGCUAUGUAAUCCUAGUGAAGAGAUUAAGAAAAUAUGGCUGCAGUCUUGCCGUGAAAGUUUUGUGCAAAUGCUUGCUGAUAAACAGCUCCGGGAAACAGAAGAACUGAAGGCCAAGGCUCAGGUCUCACAUGCACAACCUGACGAUCUCAUUGACUUCUACCAUCUGAAGAGUAGGAGGGGCAUGAGCCAGCUGGAGUUGGAGGACGAGGUUCAAGAUGAUCUAAAGCGUGCUACCGGAGAAUUUGUUAAAGAGGGAGAUGCUGCCAAUAAACUGAACCGUAUUCUUCAACUGACUGGAUUUAGUGACCCAGUGUAUGCUGAAGCAUAUGUUACUGUUAAUCACUAUGAUAUUGUGCUUGAUGUAACUGUUAUCAACCGAACCAAAGAAACACUCCAGAAUCUGUGCUUGGAAUUGGCAACAAUGGGUGACCUUAAACUUGUAGAGCGUCCUCAGAACUACACUCUUGCUCCUGAAUCAAGCAAGCAGAUUAAAGCAAACAUUAAGGUGUCCUCGACUGAGACUGGAGUUAUAUUUGGAAACAUUGUUUAUGAAACUUCAAAUGUGUUCGAGCGUACUGUUAUUGUCCUCAAUGACAUCCAUAUUGAUAUUAUGGAUUACAUAUCUCCAGCUGUCUGUAGUGAUGCAGCUUUUCGAACCAUGUGGGCCGAGUUUGAGUGGGAAAACAAGGUUGCUGUAAAUACUGUAAUUCAAGAUGAGAAGGAAUUCCUUGAUCACAUUAUCAAAUCAACUAACAUGAAGUGCCUCACUGCACCGUCUGCUCUCGAAGGUGAUUGUGGCUUCUUGGCUGCCAACUUAUAUGCUAAGAGUGUUUUUGGAGAGGAUGCUUUGGUAAAUUUGAGUAUUGAGAAGCAAGGAGAUGGUAAGCUGAGUGGGUAUAUUCGUAUAAGGAGCAAAACUCAGGGGAUUGCAUUAAGCUUGGGGGAUAAAAUCACUCUUAAGCAGAAGGGAGGAGCCUGAUUUUGAUUCUCACCAGCCUUACACAUCAAUUUGGUUUGUAUACUGAGAACAGCAUUGUACUUGGAUGUCAUAUAGAAGAUUAUUACACAAAAAUAAUGGCAUAUUUUUGGAUUUGGACUUCGUUUAGAAGAGACGAUUACUACUUAAUGUGCUUCGAAUCGUUGCAGUUGUAGUUCUUCCCGCUUAAUGGCUACACAGUUUUUUCCCCUUUUUUAUUCGGUCAUGGUAUUAAUUACUAUUUUUUGUUUGAUGCAAGAAGUUUGUAUUUUCAUAUCAUUAGAUGUUUGUGCACUAUUUUACAUAUGCUCUGCCAUUUCUAUAUCAAACGGGAUCACUCAUUCACUUGUUUA